AGCCCCCCCCCCCCCCCCCCCCCAACCAUCCAGUGGCACCAUGAACCACAUGCAGCGACUCCCCCACCAGCAGCAGCCGCAGCACCAUGGCUGCUCGGGCUCCGAGCGAGACCUUCACUCGGCCACCUCCUCCAUCAGCCUGCCCUCCAUCAGGAAGACCCCCAAGAAGCGUCGGCUGUCCCUCCACUCGCUGUUCGGCCGCCGGCGCCACCACCACCGCGAGCCCCGCCGCUGCAAGCUCCGCCCCCUGCAGGCGGGAGGGGCGGGCGCCGACGUGGCCCCGGCGGCCAGCGACGAGAGCAUCCCCACGGCGACGGGCCAGGACAAGCCCUCGGGGAUCACGGCGGCGGAGGCGGCGGCGAUGACCUCGUCGGCGGCGGGAACCACGUCGCCGUCGCCGUCGCCAUCAGCGACAGCGUGUGUCCCCACGGAGCCGCUGGAGUGCCCGCUGUGCCUGCUGCGGCGCGCCCGCGACCGCUUCCCGGACAUCAUGACGUGCCGCCACCGCUCGUGCGGCGACUGCCUGCGGCAGUACCUGCGCAUCGAGAUCUCUGAGUCGCGCGUCAACAUCUGCUGCCCCGAGUGCCCCGAGCGCUACAACCCCCACGACAUCCAGGCCAUCCUGGCGGACCGCGCCGUCAUGGAGAAGUACGAGGAGUUCAUGCUGCGGCGCUGGCUGGUGGCCGACCCCGACUGCCGCUGGUGCCCCGCGCCCGACUGCGGGUACGCGGUCGUCGCCUUCGGCUGCGCCAGCUGCCCCAAGCUCACGUGCGGCCGGGAGGGCUGCAGCACCGAGUUCUGCUACCACUGCAAGCAGCUGUGGCACCCCGACCAGACAUGCGACGCCGCGCGGCAGCAGCGCGCCCAGAGCCUGCAGCUCAGCGGCUUCCGCUCCUCCUCCCUCAGCUACAGCCAGGGGAGCGGCGCGCCCGCCGAUGACAUCAAGCCGUGCCCGCGCUGCGCCGCCUACAUCAUCAAGAUGAACGACGGCAGCUGUAACCACAUGACGUGCGCCGUGUGCGGCUGUGAGUUCUGCUGGCUGUGCAUGAAGGAGAUCUCCGACCUGCACUACCUCAGUCCGUCCGGCUGCACCUUCUGGGGCAAGAAGCCGUGGAGCCGGAAGAAGAAGAUCCUGUGGCAGCUGGGCACGCUGGUGGGGGCGCCGGUGGGCAUCGCCCUCAUCGCCGGCAUCGCCGUGCCCGCCAUGGUCAUCGGUAUCCCGGUGUACGUGGGCAGGAAGAUCCACAACCGCUACGAGGGCAAGGAGGUGUCAAAGCACAAGAGGAACCUGGUCAUCGCCGGGGGCGUGACACUGUCCGUGAUCGUCUCCCCGGUGGUCGCCGCGGUUACCGUCGGUAUCGGCGUUCCCAUCAUGUUGGCCUACGUCUACGGCGUGGUCCCAAUUUCCCUGUGUCGGAGUGGCGGUUGUGGCGUUUCCGCCGGCAACGGCAAAGGAGUUCGAAUAGAGUUCGACGACGAGAACGACGUCUACGUGGGCAGCGGGAUGGGAGCUCCAGACACCGCCUCGGUGGCGGAGACCCGCCUGCACAACCCCAGCAUGGGCGACGGGGCCAGCGUGGGCGGGCUGACGGGCCUGAGCCUCAGCGGCAGCCACCUGGAGCGCUGCGGUGCCACGGUGGGGGGGGCCGGCGGAGGGGGAGGGGGAGGAGGGGGGCCCGGGUCGACCCUGAGGGACGCCAGCCUCAGUGACCACGACGACGCCAGCACCACCGCCCUGGCCGGCGGCAGCAUGGCCAGCAGCUGCUACAACAGGGUGGAGGUGCAGGCGGACGUGCAGAAGGAGGGCAGCAGCCUGAGCGGGGACUCGGCCUCGGUGAGCCUGGGCCCCGCGGGGGACAACGCCAGCACCAGGGCCAUGGCGGGCUCCAUCCUCAACGCCUACACCCCCCUCGAGAGGGCCAGCAGCCUGGAGGUGCAGGUGGACGUGGAGCCCCGGCCGCCCAAGAUGCGCCACUGCAGCGCCAGCAGCAGUCUGGACGGCGGCGGCGGCGGCGGCGGCGGCGGUUGUGAAGAAAUCCCGCCAGGCCUCCACCCAUGCGCCUCCACCUCCACCCACGGCCCUCCACACCCCCAUCUCCCAGGGAGCCCCAGUUGCCCCACCAGCUCCUCCCGGCCCCGGUUUCAGGAACUCUCGGCCUCGGCCUCCUCCUCCGCCAUCACCUCCUCCUCCUCCUCCUCCUCCUCCUCCUCCCGCCCCUGGUUUCAGGAGCUGGCCGCCUCUUCCUCCACCAUCACCUCCUCCUCUACCUCCUCCUCCCGCCCCUGGUUUCAGGAACUGGCCGCCUCCUCCUCGGCCAUCACCUCGUCCUCCUUCCGGCCCUGGUUCCAGGAGCUCACCUCCUCCUCGUCGACCCGCCCCUGGUUCCAGGAGCUCACCUCCUCCUCCUCCGCCUCUCGCUUCACCGGCAAGAGGAGCAAAGGGCGUCUGUGGAGGAAGGUGGGCGGCAACAACAACGGCAGCGAGAGCGGCAAGGCGGAGGCGGAGGUCCCCCGGAGGAGGAAGGGGCCCAUCGACACCGAGACGGAGGGCCGGCGGGCCGCCGGCUCCCCGCCGCCGGGGCCUCCCUCGCCCAGCGGCAGCCUGCCCUCGGUGGCGUCCGACUCCCGCCGCAGCGUCUCGUCCUCCGACGCCUCGGAGACCUCCAGGCCGCUGGCGCUGCCGCUGCCACUUCCCCCCACUCCCCCCGCCGCCGCCGCCGCCGCAGCCGCUUCCUUCCUGGGGAACCGCCCCCAGCCGGCGCGCGCCGCCGCCAGCGCCAUGCCCGAGGUGGAGCACGACCGCCUCGAGCACCGCCCCGCCGCGCCCCAGGGCCCCGACGGCGCCGCCUUCGUGGUGGAGUGCAGCCAGGGGGGCGGGACCUUCCUCUUCAUCGCCGAGGAGACCAGGACGGACUCUGCUGUCGAUCUUGCGCCUGAUGAGGAGAAGGAGGAAGAGGAGGAGGAGGAGGAGCACCAAUCGGAGGCCGCCAGCCAGGAACCCGCUGCUCUGCAUGCGACGAGCCCCGCCUCCAGAAGGAGCUGCGUACAGACUGAUAUCUGAAGGGCAGAAGCCCGCGGCUGUCGCUAGCUUCAUUAGCUCGGUUAGCAUCGCUUGCUCGGAAGCGUUGCGCUGCAUGGGCUCGGUCCGCAUCCCUUGGCUCGGUUAGCGUCUCUAGCUCGGCCGGCCUUCGCGCAGACGCUUCUUCUACUCAUGGGCACGAGCGAUUGCUCAUCCUAGUAAGACUGUUGUGAGGUUUCAAGGCUUUAAGUCCAACUUAAAAUUAUUGUUUUUCUUGUCUUGCUGCUAUCGAGAAAUGAGGAAUACCAAACGGAAGGAAAAGGUCCUGCGUGUGUGUGUGUGUGUGUGUGUGGUGACGGCAGCAGUAGAGGACAGAGGUGGAGAGGGAGCGAGUUUCUCCGAAGCGGAUCGGCUGGUUUGUGACAGAGCUGCCGUCCAGGGAAGUGAAGGUCUUUGAGUAAGUAGGUAACGUGACGUGAACGUGAAAAGGAUGUGACUGAAUGCAAUGGUCGGUGGAAGCUUAUAUCAAGUUAGUACUCAAAUUGAUUCUCCUGCUGCUGAGAAGAUUGUUCCUUUUAAAGUCCAGCGGUGAAAUACACACGGCUCGACCACCCCCACAACGCCCAAUUUUUCCUGAAAUUGUCGUAGCAAAAAUAAAAAGUAAAACGGUGUGUCAGAAUGUUGAGCUGCUAAUGUCUUGUCCCUAGUCUAAACUGGCAAGCAGAUAGGUGGCCCCAAAAAGCUAUUUCAGACUUUGCUUAUGUUUUAAAUUAAGUAUGGCAACAAAUUCGACAAGUCUUUUUUUUUUUUAUCAAUUUUAGAUCUUUCCAUUUUAGACAUUUUUGUGUCAAUGUCAAAGCUUUGUUUUGGGUUCCAAGCGAGCGCCACAACCCACAUUCUCCUUGACGACAGACAAUUCUUGUCAGUUUGUAACUGGAUAAUUCCAUUUUAUGUUUUUUUUUGUCUGCUAUUUUUCCUUUAAAACGAGUAUUCUAAAGGUCCAUGGGUGGUUUGGUUUCUAUGGUGACCAAGUAAGUGGAGAAUUUGACCGAUCUGGAUGCAAUAUAAGAAAAGUGUAGUUUGAUUUUUUUUUUUCGGAAUGAACUCGAGUGCACAUGUACUCGCUUGAAUUAAAUGAAUGCCUUGUCAAUCGUCAUAUGGGAUGCAGAGUUCGAUAACGGUAUUAUAUGUGCCUUCAGUAUCAAGAUGUCCUCGUUGAUGGUAUUCUUGUACAUAAACACAUGAUCGCAUGUGAUUAUGUCAUAUCACCAUUUACAUCAUUGUUUGGGUUACUCUUCAACUACAAAGAGGCAUACGACACCUACAGAUGGUUGACUAUAAAUAUUUAUAUUAACUCUAUGCUGUUCAGUUGUGUGUGUGUGUGUAUAUUCUUUUGAGCAGAUUAAUCCAUCAGUUUGUUGGUACAAUCUUUGUUAAAUACACCUGCCUCUCAAAUGAUGCCAGAAAGAAGAUCACUUUAUUUUUUACAAUUCCUAUUUUUAAGACUUGAGUUUGGAUGUUGUAUUCCUACUGUACAUAUUCAGGGGUGUUUUUUACGCCUUGGCAAUUGUGGAUGCAAUUUUAUGUUUGUGCUUAUUGUUUUUGACUUUGUGCCUUCUCAGACUGGGGUAGGGUGCAAAUAGUAUUUGUUUCUUUUCUCUUCAUGAAAUAUCAUUUGCUCAUUCUGCUGUUAAAUAUUAAACGUGAAAGGUCAAAAGAUAAUGGUUUGUUUGUUCAAUGUGAUGUUGAAUGGAUGCCAAAUAGUCAGCAAGGGCUUUUAAUGGCAUCCACGCUCAUGGAUGUUGUUUGACAAACCAUUUGCGUCCAGAUGUUGACGUUUUCAGAAACCGUGCAAAUUGUGACUGUAUUGUACCUUAAGGACAGAAAAAAGUCUUUACUCACUUCUCAUCAAAAAGCAUUCCCAAUGCAAUUUAUUUGCAUUCAAAAUGAUUUACAUUCAAUCCAUGCCAAGUUUCUCUUUUUUUUGUUUUGGUACAUUAAACUCCCCCUCUGCGUGUCUGCUAAAAUUAAGAUUCAGAGGCUGAAGUCAUGAAUUGGAAAAAAAUCUCUGAUCUCAAAUACUGUAAACGUGUAAACACAUCACGCAGCCAUCAUGGGUUACAUUCACAGUUUAACCUGAGCCCAGAAUCGUACAGUACAUGUAGAUUAUCUUAUCCAAUCAGGGACAGCCUGGAGGUCAGCUUUGUUUUAAACUAUUUCCAAAAACGUUUUUUAUCCCCACACACAAGUUUAUCAACAUUGAUUAACCAAAAUAAAACAUGCAUGUUUUCUUUCUUUAACAAGUUAAAUCAUUGUUUGGUGUUUGCUUGGAUUCCAAAGGGAUUUUAAGCUGCUUACAGAUGCAAGCGAUGGUGAAACCAUUU